AUGCCCUGGCGGCCGCUGCCUCGUAUCGCCUUUUCCGUGGCCAUAUACCCAUUCAAUCCGUCUUCCCCGGCAGAUCUACCAUUAGAGCUUGGCGAUGAACUGUACAUCAUUGAACAAGGAGGAUCAAACGGCGAGUGGUGCCGAGGCUACUUGGUAGCACCGCCGUCGUUAUUGGCGGGCUUGACAAGUACCAAAGGGCAGACUCUCGAAGCUCGUGUGUUCUCGGGGAUCUUCCCGCGGAAUUGCGUGGAAAUUCGGGAGGUCCUGGGCGACAACGAUGGCUACAGAGCACUACUCAAUGGCGACCGGAACAGCUUCGAUCGACUGACCUUGUCUGGAUUGGAGGGGGAUCUCAUGUCCAAGGAUAAUCUAACUUUCUCCGUCGGUGAUGUCCCAGCGGCCGGCGAAGUGACGGAUGUCGUUUUCGCGAGGAAGGGAAAGCCUUCCCAGAUCAUUAUUAACAAGACGGAUGAUCCAGACAUGGCAAGUCCGCGAUCUGUGCAAACAUGGAGAACUCGUUCAAUUCCGCAUACGCCGGUUUCUUUCGCUCCUCGCGACCCUGAUGCGCCCAAACCUGCUGCCCCGGUCCCGAUGCUCAAAAUCGGUGAUGAAACUCCCACUUCCCUUACAGAGCCGCUGGUGGAUGAAAUUGCGUCAUGUCUGCGGGAAUGGCAUUCGACCAAUUUGCAUGAGCUGCUUCUGGAUCGGCGAUAUGAUGUUCUGGAGGAUAUGUCGAACAUCGUACAAGAGCUUGACUUUGCGAGACGACAAUUACUACAUAAUGUUCUGACUGCGAAGGAGAAAGAAGCACUGCGGAAUGAGACCGUCUGGAAACUUGUCAAGGCGAACAAAAUGCUCAGCGGGGACGUGAUUGUUCGAGACCCGGAGCAGAGGGGCCGCUUGCUAACGGGCGACGACUCUGCAAUUCAACUGGCCAAGCUGCAGUCUGAAAUGAGCAUGCUCGAAUCCCAUCCCACCGCGACAUCCGACGCUACAGCUCUUCACCAUUUGCUGCUAGAAAUCAGUGCAGUAUCGGGAAAUGCGCCGGGACAAGUGACCGUCGCAAUCCAGCUGUUCUCACGAUCUGACGCUGGGACACUCAGCCCAUUGUCUGAGACCUACACUCUAGACAUCCCUUCUCCAGACAAGUUCGUCAACAUGAGUCAAAGCAGUAAACUGAAGACACUGUUCACCGAAUUGGCUGCAACGGACAUCGGAGAUGGGUCCCCGAAUGGGCGGCAGCUCUAUCUUGUUGCGUGGGUUCGUGCUUCAGAGACGCGGUCUACAGCUGAUACUACCCCUGUGUCGCGGCCAUCAAUUUCACGAGACAGCCCGACCCAAAACAAGGCUACAGCGAAUGGGGGCAUUCAACCCUCGGUCAAGGGCAGCCUGAAGACCCGCCGCAGCAUGAUGUGGACGGGUAAACAACGGGCGCCGAACUUCGACCAACCAGCGAAGUCACCUGGCAUUCCGCAAUCAGCGAGCAGCUCGACCAGUAUCAAAGAGACAGCGAGCCCCAAACCCGCUGCAAAGGAUGUUUCAGCCCUCCGCACUGUUGGCGUCGGGACAUUGGAGAUCUCGCCGAUUCUCCGACAGGAUAAGGACGCAGAGCAGGUGAUCAACAUCUGGUCUCCUUGUCGGGAUGGCGAGGGAGGUGAGGGCCUUACCGAUGGCUUUGACAAGUUGAUUCGCACCUUGCUUCCUAGUCCCACUGGCCGGUAUGUUCGUGCUGACCCUGCUGCACGCCUACACCUCCAUCUGCGUCCAUUUACCAGUAGCGACGCCGAGUCCUUGAUCCGCCAGAACCCUACAAUAAUGCACGGUGUGGUACAAACACAGCGUAUUGGAUUCUCCAAGGCUCCUACGAAACCAAGGUCCGACAUAUACGUGACGCUCUCCCAGGCUGUGUUUCCCACAGAUGCUCUUCUGUCUCACCCGCAGGCUGGGCAGAUUCCUUUACAAGAUAACACUGGACUUAACAAUCUUCAACUCACUCUCGAAGUCCGUGAUGCUAAUGGAGGCCGGGUACACAAAUGUGUCUUCCCUUCUUCCUCAAACACCUCGAACACAGCAUGGCGUACUACAAUCGUCCAACGAGGCUCGCCUUGGAACCAGACAAUCCGCCUCAAGAUUCCCACGGAACAGAUUCCUGGCUCGCAUAUGGUGAUGAGUAUCGCAGAUGCCCCAGAAUUCCCCUUUGCUCUUGCCUGGAUGCCCCUUUGGGAUCAGCAGGCUUUCAUCCGAGACGGUCGCCAUUCUCUAUUACUGCAUGCUUAUGACAAGCAGACCUCUAGCAUUGAGAAUGGGAAGGGUGCUUACCUGAACCUCCCGUGGAGUGCACUUGGCAAGAAUGAAUCCGCCAAAGAUGAAGCUGUGACCGGUCCGUUGGCCACUCUCCAACUAGAAACUCACCUCUGCAGUACAGAGUACUCCCAGGAUCAGGUGAUUUUGAGUCUUCUUAACUGGCGGGAACGGCCCGUGGAUGAGGUUCUAGACACUCUCAAGCGUCUGCUCUUUGUUCCCGAGAUCGAGAUUGUCAAACAACUCAGCGGCGUCUUCGAUGCGCUGUUCGGAAUCCUUGUUGAAAAUGCUGGCAAUGAAGAAUACGAGAACUUGAUUUUCAAUAACCUCGUCACUGUUCUGGGAAUUGUCCACGACCGACGAUUCAACCUGGGUCCGCUGGUCGACCGCUACGCAGAUGAACAGUUCAAUUUCCCGUUCGUCACUCCGUGUCUCAUUCGAAGCUAUUUGCGUCUCCUGAACGCAGCGACCGACGGUACGCAGUCUCGCAGCCUUCGCGCUGCCUUCAAGGUGGGACGCCAUCUAUUGAAGUUUAUCAUCAAGGCCCGUGAGCAGCAGAAAGCCAAGGAGGAAGGAAUCGGCAUCACCACCGUGCAGUCCACAUUCAACAGAGAUAUGCAUACCAUUUUCAAGUCUCUGGAGACUCUAAUGAAGAACUCCUCGCCAACAUUGGUAGGCAGCAAAACACUCGUGGUCCAGCAUUUCCAUACGUGGCUACCUGAGCUCUCCAAGGUUCUGAGCAAGGAUGAGAUGAUUAUGAUCGCUCUGAGCUUCAUGGAUUCAUGCAAGGAUGUUACCGGCAUGUUGAUUCUAUAUAAGCUGGUUCUCAUCCAGAACUAUACCCUCUUCGAGAUCUUCUCGUCUGGCGAGGAAAGACAAACCUUGAUCUCCAGCUGUAUUGGCUGGUUGGCUCCAUACUGGGGCUCUACUCCGAGCGUCUCGGAUUUGUACCGGGACCAGGUGCGAUUGAGCUGCUCGAUCGUGGCCCAAUUGCUCAGCCAGCCAGACCCCCAGCUCUAUGGAUUUAUGCCAAGCAUCGUUGCCUCUUACUGUGCUAUUGCCACCGAGGGAGUCGACGAGACGGAAUAUCUUUCCUUACUUUUCAGCAAGUCCUUCCCCUUCCAGAUGAAGACCGCCAAGGCUCCUCAGGCCUUUGAUGAAUCUUUGGUCGAACUGUCCGCCCUCAUUGCUGCUAUCGCUAAGAUCAUAUCUCCCGAUCUUCCCUCUCUGAAAGAAUUGGAACUUGCGACCUUUAUUGGUCAGACUUUCGAGGCUCACAACUCUAUCCUCGACUGUGAGGCUUAUCCCGAGACCUGGUUCAGUAUUCAUGUGUAUAACCAUCGCGCCACUAUCAAAAGUCUCGAACAUAUUGCUUUGUUGCUAAUCGACAAAUUCCUUCCGGCACCGGAUGAUGCCGACACAUUCGAUACGAAGCUAUGGGAGUCAUUCUUCACAACACUCUUAAAGGUCAUCUCAAGCGAUGUUCUUGCGCUGGAGACUUUCCCUGAGCAGAAGCGCCGAGCAGUCUGGAAGAUCGCCGGUGAUGUGCGUGAACAAGGAGCGGACUUGUUGCAAUCUACCUGGGAAGCCAUUGGUUGGGAGGCCACAGACGACGAAAGGGAGCGCUUCAAUCUGAAGAAGCUGGGAGGUUAUCAGGUCCAGUAUGUGCCUGGCCUGGUGCCUCCGAUCAUCGGCCUGUGUCUCAGUGUCCAUGAGGGCCUGCGACAUGUCGCCGUUCAGAUUCUGCAGACUAUGAUCCUCAGCGAAUGGGAAUUGAACCAGGAUAUCUCCAUCAUUGAAACAGAGAUCAUCUCCAGUUUGGAUACCCUGUUCAAGUCCAAACAGAUGAAUGAGAGCGUUAGCCAGAAAAUCUUCGUCGGCGAGCUUUUGGCGCUCUUCGAGAGUGAUGCGAUAUCCGAUGAUCUACUGUCUAAUGCUGUCAAGAGUCUCGUCGGGACGGUUGAUGAACUCUUGGAUCUGUUGGUGGCUUCCCAAGGCGGUGCCUCGACCCAAAGUCUGCAUGCGUUGAAACUGAUGGAAUACAUGAAGGAUAUGGGUCGUGAAGAUAUCUUUAUUCGUUACGUUCAUGAACUCGCCGAGGCGCAGGCCGCGGCAGGCAACUUCACUGAAGCCGGUCUGGCUCUUCAAUUCCAUGCUGAUCUCUAUGAAUGGGAUCUCAACAAACCCUUACCAGAGCUACUUACUCCCGCACUUCCCGCUCAAAAUGCAUUCGAACGGAGAGAGGCUCUGUACUUCUCCAUCAUCCAGCACUUCGAAAAUGCCAUGGCCUGGGCUCCCGCUCUGGCUUGCUACAAGGAACUUGCAGCACACUACGAGCACACGACUAUGGACUUCGCCAAGCUCUCCCGCGCUCAAAGCUCCAUGGCUCGGAUUUACGACUUCAUCGCCAAGGGCGGUAAACAAUUCCCGCGUUACUUCCGUGUGGUCUACAAAGGCCUCGGAUUCCCUCAAGGCCUGCGCGAUAAGAUGUUCAUUUUCGAGGCCUCGCCCACAGAACGCAUGGCCUCUUUCGUGGACCGCAUGCAACGGGAACAUCCCUCUGCGCAGAUCGUGUCUAGCGGCGAGAUCCCCGACUACGAAGGCCAGUUCCUUCAGAUUACCGCCGUCAGCGCCCACCGCGAUGUCUCCCAUCCGGUUUACCAGCGGGCCAGGGUUCCGUCCUCUGUGCGCGAACACCUGCUGAUAUCGGAUCCGUCUCGUUUCUCUGUUACCUCGCGGCGACACACGACUAGCUCGGAUGUCCGUGAGCAAUUCGUUGAAAAGCUCGUUUUCACUGUUUCGGAGCCCUUCCCUAAUAUCCUCCGUCGCAGUGAGAUCAUCUCUGAGGAGGAGAUUACUUUGUCGCCUCUGCAGACUGCCAUUGAGCGGACGUGGCGCAAGACACAGGAGCUUCAGCUCAUUGCACGCCGUGCUGCGUCGGGUGAGGAUUCUACUCUGUCUAGCCUGACUGAAGCCCUAGAAUCACUGCUUGAGCUCAGAUCGCCAACCUCCAACUGUGUGGCAUUUUACCGUGUGUUCUUGUCAGAUGCGCAGAUGGCAAGGAACAAGCUGCUUGAGGAAAUCGAUGAAGGCGCCGAAGAGAUGGUACAAACAGAGCAGCCCGUGGAUCCAAUGGAGACUGCACUGUCUGUCGCACUUGUCGACCACGCCAUGGCCAUCAAACAUGCCCUGUCCCUUUACCAACGUCCGGCCCACCAAGCUACUCAAGCCGAACUGCUUCGGCGCUUCGAAGAUGUCUUCGAGCCCGAGUUAUCCUCCAUCGUCCCAGCCGUGGUGGAGUACUCAUCCCCUACCCCGACCCAAACAGCCCGUCAAUCUCCUUCCCUAUCCGACAAGCGCCGAACUCAAUCUCUCCAGCGAGUCAGUCAAGAGCAAGAACCAAUCCGCUCAACCCGGAGCAACGCUCACACCCGCAAGCGAUCCGAAAGGCAAUCCGUCAGCCACCGAAUCAGCAUCAUCAACCCCUUCAAGCGCUCCCACGGCGCCUCAAACUCCAUCUUCACAAUUCAGCAAUCCGACAGCAAGGGCCAGAUAGUAAGCGAACAAGAAACCGCCGAGGACGACACGGCCACAAUCCACAGCCGAACAACCAGCCACUCCCGCGGCGGCCGCAGCGAGAAGCGCCGCAGCUUCUUCGGCGGCGACAGAACCCAAAAGCACGGCUCCUCGCCCUCCGUCGCUAACGCCGCCCACGACUCCCAGACCUCAUUGAACAUGCGCAACGACGCCCCUGCCCGCUCCCACGACGGCCGCAGUCGCGCUGACUCCCAUCACCGCGGCGGUUCGGUGAACGGUGCAGCUACGGCGGCGCCUCCCUCCAGUGGCGGGUGGUCGACGAUCCCGCCGACGCGCGAUUACGCGCACUCGCGGCCUGCGACGCGGGAUAGUAAUACGGUGACGAUGACGACUACGAAUGGGACGGCGCCGCUGUCUCCUGUGCUGAACAAUAAUAACUCUGGGAUGCGGGACUCGGUGUUCCGGCGUUUCAGUCUGCUUAAGGGUGUUGGGCGCAAGAACAGUCGGUUGGAUUUUAAAGCGAAUGCUCUCCCGAACUUCCGCACUCAUUUCCGAAGCCAUACCUUCGGGCCUCGAAGAAGCAUGAGCUCGCGCAAUAACAGCUCGCUGAAUGCCAACGAGCGAACCGGCCUACUCGAAUCACAUUCACACCGCAGCUCCUUCUCCGGCAUCGCACCUCACGAGUAUGCCGAGCAUGGCGGUCAUCACUACCAUCCCAAAGAUAACCGCGUCUGGGUGCGCUGGCCGAUGCACGUUGUUCGUCUGACGUGGAGAACGCUCGUGCGCGACUACGUCAAUGUCCUUCUUUUGUUCGUCCCAUUGGGCAUCAUUUCCGGUGCGCUCGGCUGGAAUUCCACCGCCGUGUUCACGCUCAAUUUCUUUGCUAUCGUUCCCCUCGCUUCACUGCUGAGCUUUGCGACUGAGGAGCUGGCCGCUACUAUGGGCCAGGCCCUUGGUGGUCUAAUGAAUGCUACUUUUGGAAAUGCCGUUGAGUUGAUUGUCAGCAUUAUCGCCCUGAAGGAGAACCAGAUUCGCGUCGUACAGGCCAGUAUGCUGGGCAGUAUCCUGUCCAACAUCCUGCUCGUCUUGGGCUGCUGCUUCUUCGUCGGCGGACUGCGGUUCCGUGAACAAUCAUUCAAUAGCACGGUGGCUUCGACCAUGUCCUCGCUUAUGGCUGUGGCUUCCGCCUCGCUGAUCAUCCCGGCCACUCUCUACGCCGCGAUCUCGAAUAAAACCGACGCCGGCAGCCCAGGCGGCGUCGUUCCGGCCGAUGAUGCGCAGCACAACAUCCUUAUUUUGUCCCAUGGUACUUCCAUCAUUCUGUUGAUCAUCUACGUCAUGUACCUGUAUUUCCAGCUGUUCUCUCACUCCGACCUGUUUGAAGAGACGAACGGCAGCGACACCGAGAACAUCGCUGGCGCCGAGGAGGAAGAAGAGGAGGAGCGCAUCCUCAGCCCUUGGGCUGCAGGCGUGGCUCUGGUCGUCGUGACUAUCCUCGUUGCUAUUUGCGCCGAUUACUUGGUUGACAGCAUCGACAGCAUCGUACAGACCACCGGCAUGACCAAAACAUUCAUUGGACUGGUGCUGAUCCCUAUUGUGGGUAACGCCGCGGAGCAUGUAACGGCCGUUGUGGUUGCGUAUAAGGACAAGAUGGAUUUGGCGAUCGGUGUGGCUAUUGGUAGUAGCUUGCAGAUCGCGCUGUUCGUCACUCCGUUCUUGGUUAUCCUCGGCUGGAUCAUGGGCAUUGAGAUGACUCUGCAUUUCCAGACUUUCGAGACGGUGGCUUUCUUCAUUUCUGGUCUGGUUGUUACUCUGCUCAUUCAGGAUGGAAAGUCCAAUUAUCUUGAAGGUGGCAUGUGUCUUGGCUUGUAUGUCAUUCUUGCCUUGGCCUUCUAUGUUUACCCUGAUGUCGCUGUCUAA